AUGCUCGAUCGCGUCGAUUUCUCUUCCGGGACCCUCCGACAAAAAUUACCGACUUCCACGGUCACCCGGUAUUUAACCAUCGAGACCGACCGACCGACCGACUGUCCGGUCGGUCUGCGCUGCCGCUGGAGUGAAUCGCGUGGAACUCAUCAAUACCGCCGAAGCGGAGACCACCACCGUAACUGUUUCCGAACGCGCACGCGUAAAUGUGUAACAGCGCGUUUCGUGCCGGAGCAAUUGGCGAGACACGAUGCAUCACGCUAAUGGCUUAUCGAUCCGGGCGGCACGCAACGCCUGCGUUCCGUAACCAAGUGAUUCCGCAGCAGAUUUUGCGUGUGACGUGCGAAAACACGUGGGGCACGAGAAUGAGCAAUCGAGAGGAUCCGAGCGUCCUGUUGCCGCGUGAGUUCGCGUUUGGAGAAACGAUUAGAAGCGAAUUCAGGUUAAACGCCGAUAUAACGGAAAGCAUCUCGCUCGGUAAUGGGGUGGUAGCUCGGCCGAACGAGGAGAUUAAUCGCGAAAGAAAUCGAGCGGGACAGGGGGCUGAGACCUUCGCGGGCGAUAGGCGAGGAUACGACGCGUAAUGUACGGCACCUCGUCACGAGAAACGCCGCGCGGCGUUCCACGUACGAAAAGUUCGUGUUACGGCGAGUGUUCCACUAACGGCGCCACGGCAGAACUAAUAAAAAUUUGUCGGCACGCGAAUGGCUUGUAAUUACG